GGCGAACUGCCCGUCAUGUGACCAGGCCUGCCACGUGAUCAGGCUGCCCGCGCCUGCGCACACAGGCCCGGUGUCGUUUCCGCCCGCCGUUGCAGACAUGGCGGCGUCCCUGGGAGGGAUGUUCACUGGGCAGCCUCCAGGUCCCCCGCCGCCGCCGCCCGGGCUCCCAGGCCAGGCGUCGCUUCUGCAAGCAGCCCCUGGGGCCCCGAGACCAUCUAACAGCACUUUGGUGGACGAGUUGGAGUCAUCCUUCGAGGCUUGCUUUGCUUCCCUUGUGAGUCAGGAUUAUGUCAAUGGGACUGAUCAGGAAGAAAUUCGAACUGGUGUUGAUCAGUGUAUCCAGAAGUUUUUGGACAUUGCAAGACAGACAGAAUGUUUUUUCCUACAAAAAAGGUUGCAGUUAUCUGUCCAGAAACCAGAUCAAGUUAUCAAAGAGGAUGUCUCGGAACUAAGGAGUGAACUGCAGCGGAAGGAUGCGCUGGUCCAGAAGCACUUGACAAAGCUGAGGCAUUGGCAGCAGGUGCUGGAGGACAUCAAUGUGCAGCACAAGAAGCCGGCUGACAUGCCUCAGGGAUCCUUGGCCUUCCUCGAGCAGGCGUCUGCCAACAUUCCUGCACCUCUGAAGCAGACCUAAGCACUCCUGCCUGUCUUGCAGCCUUGCAGUCUUGCCAGACACGUUUCCUUACAGACCUGGUGUGUUGGAAGGACUCUGUUGGAUAAUGAGUUUGUAUCAGUUUCUGUCCCUAUUUAUAAGGUAGGGUUUCAUUAUGAAGCCGGGAAGGGCCUUGAAUCUAUGAUCCCCUGCCUCAGCUCCUCUAGUACUCUAAACUCCUGAAUACUUUAUAAAAAACCUCUGUCUUUGAUAAAGUAAAGUUUGGCUUUGUUUGUUGUUGUUGUUUGUAUUCAUCUUUAGCACUGUUUACUCCUUAGACUGUUAGAGUACUCACACACAUUCUUAUUUGGCCUUUGCCAUUUGUUUUGACAACAUUCUGUGUCUUCAUCUCCCUUUUUUUCUUAAGCUAUGAAUUUGGUGAAAAACCUGAAGGAAACAAUGUUUAGUAGUUUGAGAAGCCACGGGAUGUACAGUUUGGUUAUCAGCCUUAAUAGGCUACACUAGUGGUAGGUAGUGUAGACAGAGAUGUAAAUGUGCUGUUCCAAAACUGUGAGCUGCCUCGUGAGGAAUCUGGCACGGCAGUGUGAUGCUUCUAGGGCGGCACAGGGCGAGUGUAUUUCACAGGUAGCUCAGAAGAGGUUAGAAUAUGCUGCUAAUGGAAGAUACUUACCUUCAUGCUGGGUGGGUUUUUGUCUGGGCUACGUUCCAUUCUCUGAGUCCUUAUUCACUCUGCCUUGAGGGCACACACAUGAGGACUAUGGCAUGCUGAGUGCUCUUGGGCUGUGCUGUGCUGGUCAGGGUAAGGAAUGGAGUCCCAGGGAAGGCUCGGGUGAGGUAUGAGGUCACAAGCCUGCUUGGAUUGUCUAUUUGUCUCUGAGUUUUAUUUGCUUGUUUUUUGUUUGUUUGUCGUCCCCCCCCCCCCCCCUUCAAGGCCAAGCACCUCUCUUUACCCAAAACAAAUACUCCAUACCUCUUGAAUAGUCAGUGCAUCUCCAGCUUGGCUUUGUCCAUUUUGGUUUCUGGAGCCUUAGCCCAGGUCAUAAGCAUCACCAUCCACUCACUGCCGGCCUAGUCUGAGCACUGCCAUCUGGUCUGUGGAGCUUCAGCAUGCCCCGUUGCUGCGCCUCAUCUCAGGGCACAGGGUUUUGUUUGUAAUUUUGUCAACUUCCUUAAAUUCUACAUAUGCUUUAUGAGUAGCGACUAUGUUAGUUGCUCUAUUGUAUGCCUGUUAGAGUUAGGGACUUCCUUGAUUAUGCAAGGUCUUACUAGUUUCAUGUGUAUGCUUGACUGUAUGAUAUCUAGUUCCUGGAACAAUUUAAGCCAGUCUAAGGCCAUCAGGUUCCCUUAAUUAGAAUAUAUAAAUGAAACAGAGUGUUGAAAAAUUUAGGCUGGCAUGGUAGCAUUUGGGAGGUAGAGGAAGGAAGCUCAAAGUGUAAUCUCGUCUUCAGCUACAUAGCAAGUUUGAAGCUGUUGUAGAUUACAUGAGAGAGAUCUGCCCCCGUCCCCUCUACUUCUGUCAAAAAAAACCCCAAAACAAAACAACCAACCAAACAAAACACUUAAUUAAAACCCAUGCAUUUUCUGAAGUACUGAUUGACAGCUUGGCUGUUUCUGGAUUUCUUGGCUAAAAACUAAAUAAACUGGUUACAUUUUGGCUGGUUUGUCAAUAAUGAGGAGGAUGGUGGAAAUACUGAAAUCAUUCUUGGUGCUUAGUGAAAAUAUUUUUAAGUUGGUCUACAUACAAGUUACUGUUUAUUUUAAAUUGAAUUCAACGGUUAGGUUAAAAUAAUUUUCCCAUUUUGUCAGUUUGUGUGUGUAUAGUAUUAUCUGUGAACAUGUUUGGGGAGGGGUAUGUGUGUGUUUUUGUGAAGGUCAAAGAUCCAUGUGUGUUAGACAUUAGAGAUCCAGGUGGUAGCUAUUUCCAGAUUACCUUUCGAGACUCAGUUUCUCACUGAGUUUGGCCUUGUUUACUGGACAAGACUAGCUGGCAAACCACAGUGAUCUUCCUGCCUCUCUCCUCCUUCCAAGCUCUAGGAUUAAGCUACUCUGCUCGGCUUUUUAUCCUGGUACAACCACAUGAACUCAGGGCUUCAGUUACACACACGAGCUUUACUUACAGAACCAUCCCCCAGCUCCAUCUCUCUCCUCCUAAGUGGCACUUUGCUGGCUGUUGAACACAGACAUUCCAAGCUGCAUGUCUUUCAGGGGUUUCCGUUGGUUUGCUGCUCCUAUGUGUAACCUAAUGGAUUCAAGGAAGUUUCCUGCUUGUUUCAGUUGCCUACCUGAGUAAGACCAGCCUUUCCAUAUGCAUGGAUCCCAGACCGGUCGCCUUCUCUAGGAUGAAGCACUGUGGUGAUUUCUGCCACUUGCAACUGUCUGUCCUUGGCUCCUUCCCUGUACCUCACCCAAAUUCUGUCUUAAACAUUUCCCUUGAUCUUUUCCAGCUCCUUAUUCCGUCUCCACUCUGCUCCUUCCUCCACAGCUGUAUUUGUCUGUCCUGCAAUUGUGCUUGUGAUCAUCUUUGGCAACAGACCAGAUGGUACGUUCACUUCCUUAGUUUCUAUACAUGAACUUAGCUUCUUGACUAUCCAGUUCCAGUACCAUUGGUUGUGCCAGUCCUGGGUAUUAGUUUGCGUAGCAUGGGUGCUACAGUCAGGUCUGUUUCUGGAAUCCUCUAGUGGACAGUGGUCAGGAGCAGUCAGUCACCCUAGUCUACACUGCAGAACUAUCCUUGCACAGAGAGCACACACCUGCCAGUGUCCAGAAGCUGACCCAGCAGUGCUCCAGUUACUCUGCUGAGGUAAACAGGCUCAGAACACCAAACCUCAUCGUCACCUGAAACGAUGAUCAGGUGAGACAAAUCACUUAUAAUUCUCAUUGGGGCACAUAUACGCCCAAAACCAAGUCACCAGGUCAUUCAACCACCAGACAUCCUGCUGGAUGAAAUGAGUGACUGUGACCUUGGCCCCCUUUGGUUAAUAUCAACUUGACAGGAUCUAGUCCCACCUAGGAGACAGACCUCUUAGCAUGUCUUCGAAGAAGUUUAUGUUGGUUGAGGUAUGUGGGCAGCAGCAUCCCAAGGGCUGGGGUCCAAUACUGAAUAAAACAUGAGCUAGGCGUCAUUAUUCUUUGCUCUCUGCCUCCCAUCUGGACACUGUGACCAACUACUUCAGCUCUGUCCUUCCCAGCCAUGGUGGACUGAACCACCAAAAUCUUGAACCAUAGUAAACUUCUCUGAGUUCUUUUUUGUCAGCAGCAAGGAAAUGCAGAAGGCUGCAGAAAAGCAGUCUUGUGCCUUACCAAGAAUUACAAUGCUGAGAAAUGCCCAGAUCAGAAAAGGCACAACCACCUGUAUCGCCCAGUGCUCACUGCUUAUUGACAAACAUUGGAACUUAUGGCAAACGAGAGUGGGCAUUUCCUAUCCAAAACUCCAAAUGCUCCCAGAUCUAAACUUUUCCAACAAUGACCUGACACUGAAAGGGGAAACUUGCAUACUUGAUGCAUUGAGUAAAAAUGGAGGUGUACCAAGAAAAGAAUAAGGUGGAUAUAGAAAUGUCAGGGAAUAUGUUUAGUUUUUGGUCCCAUGUUUAAGAUAACUUGUGUAGAUUCAUGAAUCUGAAAAUAUGCAAACAUUUAUUUUAAGUCUUACUGGUGAUUGAAUUCAGGACCUUGCACAUGCUAACCAUGUGCUAUAUACCACUGCUAUGCACUUUUAAGCACUUGUGGACCCAAUUGUUAGGUAGGAGGUGAUAAAGCAAUAAAGGCUGCUUGCUCAUGAGUGGCAUUAGUACCCUUGUAAAGAGGCAGCUCUGUUGCACACGAGGCCCCAUAGUGGAGACUUACGAAGAAUGCUUCCCCACUUUCAUCUUGGUCUCUUACCUGCAGUAAUGCAUUUCUUUUGUCUGUAUACUCUCUCCAUCAUUAAAGUUUUAGUGUAACAGCCUCAACACUCCAG